AUUUUAUGCAAGUACUCUUUAAUUUUGCAAUUACAAAUUAUAUUCACCCCGCUCAACUACAAUGGCGUCGGAGCUCCGGUAUCCAGGUGACAUAUUUUGUGUGCCUCUCUACAUGAUUGCAUGGUUAACGGGCCAUUGGGCAUGCUGAUGAAAUCAAUAUCGAUUUUUCGUCCAGUAAUGUGUGUAGUUCAGGGGAAGGGGCUUCGCAACGAAUGGUUAAACUGUGCAGUGAUUCUCCCAUUAGCAACUUUCUUAAUUCAGAAUGAUAGUUUGCUGAAGCUGCACAUCUUCCUUAAAAUAUGUGAUAUGCAUGGCCAAUAUAAAAUUACUUUACUAUAACAAAAUAUGUAUGAUCCAUCAUUUUCAAAUAAGUUUAUGGAUAUGUGCGUCUGUGCAUAUUUAUAUGGAUUAGUCAUAUAUAUGAUUAAAGUAUAUACAGGAUAUAUAUAGACUAGCUAAAUCCUGUGUGUUGUGAUCGCAAAGGUGAUAUUUUAAUAUCUGUUCUUUUUAUUAUUAAAUAUUUUAAUAUUUAAUUUUUUAUUGAAAUGUAUUUGGGUUAAUAAGCCUGUUUAAAUGGGUUAAAUAAAUAGGCCUAUAAGGUGUUUGGAUUUUUAUGUUUUUAUUAGGUCAGUUAAUAUAUUUUUUUAAUAAUUAGACUCGUCACAUAGUGUCAAAAAUAAAUGGGCUCAAGAUGUGUUUAUAUUAGAAUGUUUUAAUCUGUUUUAAUUAGAAUAGAGUAGAGUUCUUAAAAUAUGUUUUAAAAUUAAGAAAGUCUUAAAUCGGCCCAUAUACGACCGACUGACCUAAACCUUGUAAUGUUUUGGCUUUAAUUGUAUAGUAUAGAUAGAUACAUAUUCUUACUCUCUUACAUUUGGCUCAAAUGCAAAACCCUUUAUGUGCUGCAGUAGCAUUAGCAGUAGAAACACACUUGUGUUACAAUUUCUCACGCAAUGUUUAUAUACAGUUCUUCAUUUUGUAUGUUGUAUAUGUUGGUUAUAUUUGUGAUCAUUUUAAAAUCAUAAAAUCUCUUGAUAAAUUUCUUCUCAAAUCUUUGCUUCAUAUGAAUGUAUAAAUUAGGCAUGAAACAUGUGCUCAGAUGUGUUUGUAAACAUCUGUUUACAAUUGCAAUAAAAUUGUGUAGCAUUUUUCUUAUCACUUUUUGUUAUUUCAAAUGAUCAGUCCUUUAUGUGAGUUCGGGAAGAAAUUAAGUGUUAAUGUCAUCUAUGCAUUUUCAUGAUAUUUUUUUAAUUAUUUGAAUUAAAUUAGGACUGACAUUAAAGUUCAGGAGUUGUCGAAUUUCAUUUAUUUCUGGUUGGUAAUGAUAAAUUGACAUCCACAUAACAAGCAGGUUGUUCCCGACUUGGUAUAGUUGCAAUUUUAAACUCAUGUGUCUUCUAUUCUAUUGGUAUUAUUUUGGUGAUUAACUUUAGAGGUGACAGGUUUUCUGUGCCUCUCUACUUUAUUACUUGGUAUGCAGGCCAUAUGGCAAGGUUAUGAUUUCAGUAUUGAUCUUUCAUCCACUAAUUUGUGUAAUUUGGGGGAAAGGGGUGCAAAACUAAUUUAUAUACUGUGCAAUCCUGGACCACAGGGUGGACAUAAAAAUGAUAAUGGAAAUAUAAGGUUUCUCCACUACUUAUUCUAAAUGUAAUAUUUUUUUUUUGUCCUUUUUAAUUCUUACAUGGGCCGUUACAAAAUAUUCAUUUACAUGUACCAACCCACUUUCAAUCAUAUAAAUAUAUAGAUCAAUUGAUAUUAUUAUUAGUUUAGGUAGGGACGAAGUGACCUAGGGCAGGAUAGGCACAAUGCGCACACAGAGAUCAAAACAAUAAAAAUUAUAAUAUAAAGUUAAGUUAUUUUUCUUCUAGACCGAUGCAUAUCCGUAACAAUACAUGAAUCAUACAAUUUUUGGACCCCGAAAUUUUUUGGGCCCUGGAUGCCCUCCCUCUAGGCCGGGCCUGCAUAUUAAAUAUGAUCUUUAAACACAAUAUGAGAAGCCACAUUUUUAACUUCAUUCAAACUCUUUGGUCUACUAAAUAUGUGAAAUAUGCUAUCACAAUGUAGCUAAAACUUUUAUUUUCACUACAUGGUCCAUUUAAUGACAUACUAAUUUAGGCUUUUGAACCCUGGCCCUUUGAUCUUAUUUGUAUUUUUUUUUUAAUUAUCAAAAAAUAUAUAUUAUUAUUAUUGAUGCAGAAGUUGCAGGAAGGUGACUGGAUUAAGGGCUGGUAGUGGAAAGUUGCAGUUUAGUUUCAGUUUUACUAAGUUUUUGUUCAUGUUUUAAUUAGCUAAAAAGUCAUGUUAGUAGUACUGUAGUAGUAGUAAUUUGGUGUGCGGCAUUUUCAGGUGUUUGUUUAUUUCGAUUUUAUGUUUCAAUUUCCUGAAAAAUAUAGCAGUGGUGUGAUAUUUGUAGGUAUGGGCUUAGCCCAAAUUUAGGUUGAAGUUAGGGGUCUAGCCUAGUGGGUGGGAUUAUAAAGACUAGAUCCAUCGUUUUUAAAGCUUGUCCCCUUUUCUUAAUAAUAUAUAUGUAUAUAUAUUUUUGGUAAAUGAGGGCGGCACCUCGUAUAAAUUUUAUAACAAGGGGAUUACAAAGAGAGGACUCCUCAAAAACCUCAAAGCCAAAUUAAACAAGGGUUCAUCUAAAGAGUAAUAAACUACUACUUGCCUUGAUCAUCUUCUUGUAUACAGGUACAUACUAAAGACACACGGAAUACUCUUGUAUAUAUAAUCUUUUCUUUGUGUAUGAUUUAUUUCGAUUUUAUGUUUCUUUCGAAUGUUAAAAUUAGGCAUGAAACAUGUGCUCCCGUGUUUAUUUGAAUUGUAAUGAUGUACCAUUAGAUUGCUUAUUAUAUUGAUGAUGUGCAUCUGUGUGUGAAGAUCUUUUUAAAAUUCAACGGAAAUGAUGUACCAUUUUUUGACAAAAAAAGUGAUGUGCCAUUUGGAUUGCCACCAUUUUGUUUCUUAUUCUGAUGUUUUGCCCAAUUGUAAAUUUUUAUGCGAAUCUGCGAGAAAAUUAAGCAUUUAUGUAAUCUUAGCACUGGACAUGAUACAUUUUUUGGUAUAUUUAAUAUAAUCAGGACCGAUUUUCGCAUUAUUAUCAAGAAAUUAAAUAAAAUUAUAGUUCUAGAUUUCUCAAAUUCCAUUAAUUGCUGGUUGGUAAUGAUAAUCUGUGAUUAGUGUAAUCUGUCAGCGGUUAUUGCUGACUUGCUGUAGUUGCUUUUUCAAGCAUAAGUGGUUCACAAGGAUAUUCUUUUGCCGGGUAGCAUUACAGGUGGCAGAUUUUGUGUGCCUCUCUACUUGAUUGCAGGUGGUGUGUAUUUUGGGGGAAGGGGGAAAACUAAUUUUAUAAACUGUGCAGUAGUGUUCGACAGAAUUCUCCUCUCGCUAAUGCAUAUUGAGUCAUAGGUGUAACUUGUUCCAUUGAAGUGACAAAUGGCAGACGGACAAGGAAGACGUUCUGGUCAAGCACCAUUUUAUGCUGUGAACCGGACUUUGGAGGAGGAGCUGGCUGCACAGGGAGCAGAAGUCGAAAGGCUUUUGGCAGAAAAUCAGAGGCUCAGUGCUACCAAGGGGUAUUUGGAGCAUUGUGUUGUUGUUUCUCAGCAGGACAUACAACGUCUAGGAGCACAUAUAAACACCACCAAGACAGAGGCUGAUGCCCAGGUUCGAGCUAUGGAGGAAAAAAUUGCAAAACUGGAAGCUGAAAAAUCUGCUGCUGAAAGCAUCAAGGAGGAACUGCAUCAAGCUCAUACUGAGGCACAGGGCCUGCUUGAAACUAAUCGGAAGUUGAGUGGUCAAAUUCAGCAGGCCCUCCAAGAAACAGAAAUAGCCAAAGCUGAUAUCAAAAGGCUCCCUGAAUUGCAGUCCACCCUUGAACGUAUGAAAAAUGAAUAUCAAAUGUUACGCAAAACAUUUAACCAGGAGAAAGGUCAGAACGUGGCGAAAAUAGAGAAAAUCAGAGUGAUGGAAGUGGACCUGGCUCGAGAAACAGAAGCACGAAAUUUUAUGCGUACUCAGGUGGCAAAUGCUGCGAGAAGGGCAAGGGGUGGGAUAAUAGUGCCUUCUGGAGUUGGCAAUCAUACAGCUACUGGAAAUAGUGGAGGGGCUGCUUUCCCUGGUUCAGCUGGAGGUGCUGAUUGAUUUCUCUCGUGGUCAUGUAAAAGCAUGGAGUGUCCGAGGUGAAAACUAGACACCAUAAGUUAUGCAAAUAGACAAUAGUUGUAAUCACCUUGGUUCCUGUUCAAACUUAUAGUUAUGGUAGCUUAAUUCAACUCCCUUCCUGAACUAACUCUCGAGGAAAAUUUGCUGCCAAAAGCUACUGAUGUUUCAUUUGAGAUUCCCCUUUGCUAUGUUACCCAUGUUAUAUGUGUGGUUGCCGUAGGCUUCUUAUAAACUUCUUUACUAUAAAGAAAUCCAGGAGACUGUUUUCCUUUUA